AAUUUUAUGAGGAAAAUUAUGAAGUGUGAGCUUUCGUAUUCUCGCUGGAUGAGACAAGGAAAUUGUCGUGAACAGAAAAAUAAACUCUUUAGCUGCGAAAAAAAUUUACUAUAACUGUUGAAAUCGAACUAAUUAAAAAACUUUGUAUAGUAAUUUGGGAAGUGUACAUAAUUUUAGGUUGAAACGAAAUAUAAAAGAUAUAUGUGAGCGCAAUUUGGUGAAAUUAUUACGUGUAUUGAUGAGGUGUUGGUGUACGUGAAAAAAUGUGCUGAUUGACGAAAUCGGAACAGGGGCAACUAAAAAUUUUGAUACUUAUAAUAAUAGUAUGGUAUAGUUGCUGGUAUUAGCAGAUGGAGAUAAAUUUAAUGCUCGGAUUGGAGUAUAAGUGAAUUUAAUUUUUGGCCCCUUAUUGAAAGGGGCCAAAAUAAAGUAAAGGUAGAAACUGUAAAUUUAGGGCUCCUCAACGUACCUAUCUAAUCAGCAAAUAAGGAAAAAAGACGAAAGAAAAGACAAUAGCAACGAGAUAAAAAAAUAAAAGAAAUCAACCGAUAAGGUGAAUAAUAGGAGGCAGUUUGAAGUGCCUGUUCAGUGUGAAGCGAUUUCAAACUGUCAAAAGUGCUGCCAGGAAUUGUUUUCUUUUUUUAUUUUCUACAAAAAUAAACUAGAAAGUUUGAAACUUGAUAAAUCAAAACAGAAAAAAACAAAAUUUACAAACGACGACUAUUGAAGGCCAAAUCUGCUGCGCAAUUUCUAUUACUAAAUAAAGCAAAAUAUAUACUAGUUAAUAAAUAUAUCAUCGAUACGAAAACGGGGAAAGAGAAAAGAAAUUGUCAACGUCAUUCUCCCAAUAUCGCCUAAUUUUAUAUUCUCUAUAAAAAAGAGCGAACGAAAUUUCGUUACUUCGUUGCAAUUGUCAUUCGAUUUACAAUUGUGCGAAAUUAUCAUUUUUAUUUCUUUUUUAAUUUCGUUUUGUACAUUGGCCACUCGCGUGUGCGUGUGUGUGUGAUCAUAUUCUUCGGAAAGCUUCAUUCAGUGCUGUCACUGUCCUUGAAGCUAACUCCCAAGAAGAGAUCCCACAUCGUGUGCCGUUGCCGUACAAUCUUUGAAUGGGACACCAGCUAUGAACCAACUGAAAUUUACGCUAGCGCAGAUUGGUAUUUUGGUCAAACAACUGAACAAGAAAAAUUUUGCUGAAACCAGCGAGAGCAUAAAUCAGUAUAUCAAAGAGAUUGGCUUCGAAGCGGACCGCCAUUGUUUGCGCUGCCUUUUCUCUGUGAUCAAUUUUACUGAUACGACGCCAACGAUCCCGAAUUCGAAUUUCAUAGUACAAGCACAAGCUAACUUACUUGGCGCUCAGUUAGAAAGGCAACUGACAAGAGCGUCCGUCAUAUCGAAUAUUUGCUUUGCUGUUGACCAUUGCUUUCCUCAACAAAAGACUCUUAAACCGACACCACAACUUAUUGCACAAAUAACUAAGUUAACUGGAAUUAGUCAACUUUGUGAAGUUGUACUGUCAUUAGCAUUAACUCAUUCAUCACAAUCUGAUUUACGUCGAUAUUCUCUGGAGCAUUUAAAACGAUCGUUUACCGAGCUUAUUGAAUCAUACUUGGAAAAUAACGAAAAUAGCGCAGUUGUAAAAAACAAUUUACGAGACGUAUCUGUUGAUGUACUGCAAUUGCUAAUCGUUUGCUUAGAGGACUUCAUAAGCGAAGAACUUAAGGAUAAGUUUUUGCAUUUAUUGCGUGAACAAUUUCCACUUGAACGAGUACCGAUCAUACUAGCACCACAUUUAUAUCGUCAAAUUCCCCAGUUUGAUAAUACGGUUAUAUGUGGUGACCCGACAGAAGAAGGAAACGGAAAAGCUUUUGAUAAACAGAAUACCAAUUCGAACGCUGAUGGAGGUAUUAUUGGUCAGCAUUUGACGGAAAUUGGUAUUGAAGAUAUUUAUGACAACUUAUGCGAGACAAUAUUUACUACACAGGUGAAUAAUAAUAUUAUGGACACAUCCUGGAUUAAUUUAAUCCUAGAGAUUGGUUACGAAUUCACAUCGAGCGUUGAAGAAUGUAAGAAUCAUCUACGUUGUGGUUCGCGCGAGCCUCAAGCACAGGAUGUGGCCAAAAUCAUUGGUCUUAUGUGCCGUAGGCACUCCUCCUUACUCGACUGCAAUGUGAACUUAGGAACACCGGCCAAUUUUUGGCCUGGCCAGCCUGGUUCUGGUCCUGGUGGUGUACAACAACAACAGCAACAAAAUGUGGCCAAUAACAAUGACGGCAGCAACGUUGCGGGCAGUGGCGUUGAUAAAACAGCCAAUGUAAAUGAUAAAAAAGACAAAGGUAAUGCGGGUACAAGUAGCACAGAGACGACACAGGCAUGGAAACCAGAUGUGUUUGUGCAGGCUCUAAAAGAGAUUGUACCACAACUGAAUUGGAAAGAAGUAUGCUUGGAACUAGAUCAUCAAGACUUCAUACUCAAGGAUCGUAUUGGCCUUGACUUACUUUUGACCAUAUUUCGUUUGGGCACACAAUCUGCUCUGUUCCCCCAUCCAGAAUGCAUAUAUCGACACUGGCAGAACGUAAACGGACAGCUAUCGCUUAUAGCGGUUAUGCUAAAAAAUCCGGAUUUGUUCUCAUUUGCGGAUUACAUUUUUACCGCUGCCCCCGUAGAAAUGCUGAAAACGCCACCAGACAGCGAAAACAAAGAGGUGUGCGCAUGGAAGUCCUUACAUUUAGUUGAAGUUUUAUUAUAUAUAGCCGAUCAGGGUUACUACCCACAAGUGAUAGAAUUAUUCAAAUUCCCAGCACAACAUUGCCCAGAUGUUUUAUUUCUAUCACUUUUACACAUAAAUCCGCCAAUUACUGCGUUACGACAGGAACUUUUUAGUCAACUUAUACCAGCGUUCUUAACAAAUCAUCCCAAUUCGGGUGUAAUACUUUUGAAUGCAUGGAAUUCAGCAAAUUUUGGAGUUAUAUUACGACCUAUCAUUAUGCAGGCCAUGUCGGAAUGGUAUCAACGUGGCACCGAAUAUGAUCAAGUUAAGCUAUCGCGCAUUCUUGAUGUAGCACAGGAUUUGAAAGCACUAUCCACAUUGCUUAAUGAGCGUUCAUUUUUGUUUGUCAUCGAUUUGGCAUGCCUGGCGUCGCGUCGGGAAUACUUAAAGCUUGAAAAAUGGCUCAGUGAUAAGAUACGAGAACAUGGUGAGCCCUUUAUACAGGCAAUCUUGAAGUGCUUACAACGUCGUUGCCCACAAAUUACAAAUGCCAAAAUACCAGAAAACCAAUUACCAUCAAAGCAAGCCCAACUACCACCAGAAACAGUAAAUACUAUGUUGCAAUGUUUACAAGCUUGCAUAGGUAAUGUACCACCAGAAAUAGCCGAUCUUAUAAUGCAAAUGACAGCCAAUUGUUCGAUUAUGGCAAAUAAGGCGAGAGCUGCAGCACCACCCUUAGUGCCACAAUUGCAGGGUGUUAUGCGUGGCCAUCGCGGCAUGGAUAUGGGCGGCGGGGUGUCGGGUGUGCCGCCACCACCUUUCUCUGCCAAUUUAAAUGCACAACAAAUGUUUGGCCCAACAAUGGAUACUCUGUCGAAUUUAACAACAAAUAUAGCUAAUUUAAAUCUUGGUGGACCGAAUGGGGCCUUCAAUUUUGGAAACGUUUUGGGUAAUUUGGCGUCUACACCAGCUUCUCCGUCACGUCUUAUGAAUCCGGCUGCCAGUCCAUAUCCAUUGAACGCAAUGCAAAUACCACCACCAAAUGUUGGCAAUUUGGCAAGAAUGCCACCAACAGCACCACAACCGACUCCUACACCACCAAAUCCAAUCAAUCCUGGUAUGGCUGAUCUACAGGGACCCGUUUCCAAAGAAGUCGAAGAUGAGGCAAAUUCCUAUUUCCAACGUAUCUACAAUCAUCCACCACAUCCAACACUCUCAAUUGACGAAGUAUUGGACAUACUACAAAGAUUCAAAGAUUCAAAUAUACGUCGCGAACAGGAAGUGUAUCAAUGUAUGUUGCGUAAUCUAUUCGAGGAAUAUCGUUUCUUUCCACACUACCCUGAAAAGGAGUUACAAAUCACCGCACAACUCUUUGGUGGUAUUAUAGAGCGAAACUUGGUGCCAUCGUGUGUGGCCUUGGGUCUAGCAUUACGUUGUGUUUUAGAUGCGUUACGCAAACAAGAUUCGAAGAUGUAUAAUUUCGGCAUAACAGCAUUGGAUCGUUUCAAGAAUCGUCUACACUCAUACAAUAAAUACUGUGAAUAUAUACGUUCCAUUGCACAUUUCCAUGAAUUUCCUCCACAUUUGAUACAAUAUGUGGAAUGCGGCUAUCUACAACAGGAGCCACCACCGGCCAAAAUACAAAUGCUUAUGUCAGGCAGUGGGCAACAAGCGCCGCCUGAUUCAAUUUAUCGCAGCAAUUCUGUAACUGGAAAUCUAGUGACAACACCAACCCAACAAAAGCCAAUGGUUGUUGCCCAGUCUAUUCAUGCAUCGCGUAUGAAGUCCAUUGCUACAGCAACAAACAUUGAUACGCUUUUGGUUGCCAAUCAGGAGGAGAAAGUCACUAUACCGCCCGAACCAGUACAGGACAAAACCGCAUUCAUAUUCAACAAUUUAAGUCAACUGAAUAUACCGCAAAAAUGUGAAGAGAUCAAAGAGAUUAUGACCAAGGAAUACUGGCCAUGGCUGGCACAAUAUUUGGUGUUGAAGCGUGCCUCGUUGGAAUUCAACUUUCAUUCAUUGUAUUUCAAUUUCUUGGAAGCAUUGAAGAACACAGAAAUCAAUAAAUAUGUAACGAAGGAGACUUUACGUAAUAUCAAAGUUUUGCUACGUUCCGACAAGGGUGUGGUGAAUUUCUCCGAUCGUAGUCUUCUGAAGAAUCUUGGCCAUUGGUUGGGCAUGAUGACAUUGGGACGUAAUAAGCCAAUUUUACAAAUUGAAUUAGAUUUGAAAACACUCUUGGCUGAGGCAUAUCAUAAGGGCCAACAGGAAUUACUUUUUGUUGUGCCAUUUGUGGCCAAAAUUUUGGAAUCGUCAAACAAGUCUAAGGUUUUCAAAACGCCAAAUCCCUGGACAAUGGCUAUUAUGAAUGUGCUUGGUGAAUUGCAUCAGGAGCCUGAAUUGAAACUUAAUUUGAAGUUUGAAAUUGAAGUGCUUUGCAAGACUUUAAAUCUCGAUUUGCAGAAACUGAAGCCAAUUGUCUAUUUGAAGGAUCCUUCACGUUCGAUGAAUAUCGAACAUCAAAUGUCACAGCCGAAACCGAAGAGUAUUGAGCCACCGCCACAACAACAGCAACAGCAGCAGCAGCAGCAGCAACAACAACAACAACAACAACAGCAGCAGCAACAGCAACAGCAACAGCAACAACAGCAGCAGCAACAGCAACAGCAACAACCAUCGCAAGGUCACACACCUGGACCCGUUCAAAUGGGACCUAACGAUGGAGACGGACAAUCUUUGCUUAUGGGUAGCGGCAGUGGUGCUGGCAUCGGCGCAAAUGUACCAGGUGGUGUAGUGCCUUCACCCAGCAUCAGCAACGAAUCAGCCGGUCAGGUUAUUAUGCAAGCACCCGAGCCGCGAUUCUCCUUUGUAGAGAUAAAUAUAGCAAAUUUCCAUCUUAUCGCACAACAUGUCGUACUCUCACCCAACAUCACAUUCUUGCAUGCCAAUCCCGGUCUGAAGCACAUCGUGCUAAAUGCCAUUGAACGUACAAUCACUGAAUGGCUGCAACCGGUGGUAGAUCGCAGUGUACGUAUUGCUGUGACAACCACAGAGCAGAUUGUGCGUAAAGAUUUCGGUCUCGAUCCGGAUGAGAAUCGUAUGCGUACAGCGGCACAUCAAAUGGUGCGUUAUUUAUCAGCCGGAAUGGCUAUGAUAACCUGCAAAGAUUCCUUAUCGCAGACAUUGACUAACAAUAUACGCAAAGCGUUCUUAUCGGCGUUGACUGGCGGUCCCAGUUAUCAGGAGAUCGAAGCUGCUGCUAUACAGUUGAGCAAUGAUAAUGUCGAACUCGCUUGCGCUUUCAUACAAAAGACAGCGGCUGAGAAGUCAACACCAGAAGUAGAUCGACGCAUGGCCACUGAUUUCGAUACACGCAAAAUGGCCAGAGAUGAGGGAGGCCGAUUCUACGACACACAAACAUUGGCUUAUCAAACAGAGCGCAUGCCAGAACAAGUACGUUUAAAGGCAGGAGGCGUACCACAUACACAAUUCGCUGUGUAUGCGGAAUUCGCACGCAAUAUACCCGGUUUUCAGCCGAUGACUGAACGCGAUAUCGCUCUAUUCUUGCCCAAGCCACAGGAGAUGCCACCUGCCACAUUCGGCACCGAUGAGCUAGGUCUCAUGUAUGCCGAUUUGGCUAGCAAAAUGGAAGCAUUCCUCAACAGCACCAUAAACGUUUCCACACUACAAAUACAAGCUAGCAAAAUGCAUGCACUACUCAAUGCAUUGAUGGUGACAAGACGAAUACGUGAUAAUGAUUCGGCACUGAACCUUUUGACACGUGUGGUUGAAGGCCUCAUCGAAGGAUUGGUGAACAUACCCGAACACAUUGAACAAAUGAAAUUAUACCGUGAUAUACAUUUGCGUAUACUCACCUUGUUGCAGAAUACAUUCGGUGCGGGUGUAACGGAACGUGCAAUUACCAAAUGCAUUUUCGACAUACGCGAAGAGGCACGUUACAAUGUGGAAGCAAUCAAAUUGCUUAUCAGUUCACAUUUUAUAAAUGUGCCACAAUUUGAUUUGUUGUUGCGCGAAGCUAUGGACAAUGGCAAUAAUUAUAUGGCAGUGACCUUUGCUAUGGCAUUGAUGGAGCGCCUACUUGACGGACGCACCAGCACCACAUUGGAGACGGAGAUGACCGGUACAUUUGAGAUGUUGGGACGCUUGCCACAAAAUCGCCAUCGUUACCCUGAGACAUUGACACAUCAGAUAGAUAUGAUGGAUGGGGGGCCAUUUGGCGGCGCCGAUCGCUACCUGGCUGGAGCAACGCAAUACAUGCACUCGGGCAUGCAACAUGUGCGGUCCAACGACUGUGAUGAUCCACCAGGCUUGCAAGAAAAAACCGAAUUUUUGCUCAAAGAUUGGGUCUCCAUCUACAAUCAGUCGAAUAAUUUGUCCCGUGAAACUAAGAUCUUCACCUCAUUUGUGCAGAAGAUGAAUAUGUAUGGUAUUUUGAAAACCGACGAUUUGAUUACGCGCUUUUUCCGCCAAGCCACACAAAUCUGCAUUGAUUUAGUCUAUCGCAUACUCAACGAUCCAAGCAACUCACCGCUGCAGGCGCGUACUAAAAUCUUCCAUUGGAUAGACGCUUUUGUGCAUUUAAUUGCCCUGCUUGUACGCCACUCGGGCGAGGCGGGCAAUCCGACGACAAAAAUCAACCUGCUAAACAAGGUGCUCGGCAUCGUUCUAGGCAUAUUGCUGCAGGACCAAGAAUUACAUGGCACUGCAUUCCAACAGCUCGGCUAUCAUCGCUUCUUUGUGAUGCUAUUCCUAGAACUGAGCUCACCCGACGCUGUGCUUGAGAGUCUGAUGCUCAGCAUUAUGACAGCUUUCUCGCACACCUAUCAUCUCUUGAAUCCAGCAUUGGCACCUGGUUUCUGCUAUGCUUGGCUGGAGCUGAUCUCACAUCGCAUUUUUAUUGGACGUAUACUUGCACAGAUACCGCAACAGAAGGGUUGGCCACUGUACUCACAGCUGCUGCUCGAUUUGUUCCGCUAUCUGGCGCCCUUCUUGCGGAAUGCUGAGCUAGCGAAGCCCGUACAAUUGUUGUACAAGGGAACGCUGCGUGUUCUGCUCGUGCUAUUGCACGAUUUCCCUGAAUUUUUAUGUGACUAUCAUUUUGGCUUUUGUGAUGCAAUACCGCCAAAUUGUAUACAAAUGCGCAAUAUAAUAUUGGCUGCUUUCCCACGCAAUAUGCGUUUACCCGAUCCAUUCACGCCAAAUCUGAAGGUGGAUAUGUUGGCGGAGACUGCAACAGCACCGAAAAUUUGCUCCAACUACGUAUUUAAUAUACAACCGGCAAAUUUCAAAAAAGAUCUCGACUCAUAUCUGAAGGCGCGUGCACCAGUGACUUUCCUAUCGGAGCUACGUUCCCAUUUGCAGAUCUCAAAUGAGCCCGGUUCGCGUUACAACAUUCCGCUGAUGAAUGCACUCGUGCUGUAUGUGGGCACGCAAGCUAUUUCGCACAUAAGAAGUAAGAAUUUCGUGCCCAAUACAUCGAACAUCGCACAUAGCGCACAUAUGGAUAUAUUCCAGAAUUUGGCGGUAGACUUGGAUACCGAAGGACGUUAUCUCUUCUUGAACGCCAUUGCCAAUCAGUUGCGUUAUCCGAACAGUCACACGCACUACUUCAGCUGUGCCGUGUUGCAUCUGUUUGCUGAGGCCAAUUCGGAGGCGAUACAAGAGCAAAUAACACGUGUACUACUCGAGCGCUUGAUCGUAAAUCGACCACAUCCAUGGGGCCUGUUGAUCACAUUCAUCGAACUGAUUAAGAAUCCCAUCUACAAGUUCUGGGAUCAUGACUUUGUGCAUUGUGCGCCAGAGAUAUCAAGGUUAUUCGAAUCGGUGGCACGUUCCUGUAUGGUCAAGUCUAAUCAUCCGCCACAGAUAAACAAUAUUGAUGGCGAAAUUCAGGAAAUCAAUUAAUUAGAUUCAGAUAAUACAAUAAUAACAACAACAAUAAUGAAAAAAAAGAAAUGUAGAACAACAACAUAGUUCUUACCCAGCGAUGGCACUGUGGUCGCUCAUGAUAGUAGUGGUCGGCGGUAGUUUGUAAGAAUUUGUGUAUUUUAUUUGAUGCGCUCUGUUUGUUGGUAGCGAUGGCGGCGUUGCCAGCAUAUUGCAACCGGCCAUUAUCCUUCAUUACAUUUGAGUGCGCGUAGCGCCACACUGCCAUUCGAUUAACAAGCAGUAGCAGAAGAUUAAAAAGUUUUCUUUUAAGCUAAAGAUACAAAAACAUAUAAUUGAUUUAUGAAUUAAGAGAUUGCAACUUUUGUAAAAAGAAAAAAUUAAAAAAAAAAAAUUGAAAAAUCAAGUAAUGAGAAAGAAACAAAAAAAAAAUUUAAAAAAAAUAUAUAAAUAUAUAAAUAAACAAAUAAUUUACUUCUAAGUAGUUUAAAAUACACGAUAAAGAGGAAGCAACACUUGAAAGCAAAUUUAAAUUAAAUUAAAUUUAUUAAUAAUAACUAAUUGAUGUAUUAUAUAAAAUUAAUUUGAACAAAACACAACAAUAUAUAUGCUAAUUAUUAAAGAAAAAAAAUUUAAAGGUGUUUGUGUAAAAGUUUAUAGUUGUUGGCAAGCGAAAAGGGAACAGAAACAGAAAUCCAAACGAGGAAGCAAAUAAAAAAUAGUAUCAUAUGAUCGAAAACGCGACAAGUAUGUACACUUAACGCUCGAGGAAGUGAAGUCUUGGCGAGAGAAAACGAAUAUAAAUGAGGAGUGAUGGUAUGCGUGUGGUUACAAUAAUUAUGCUGCAUUGCUGACCUGAAACACUGCGGCAAAAAAUUUACAAUUUUAAAUAAAUAAUAAUUACAUAAAAAUAAACAAAAAUUAAUAAACAAAAAUUAAGGAUAAAUUCAGAGAAAAUUAAAAAUAUGUGUAUUCAAUAAUAAACGAAGAAAAUACAAUACUUUAAAUAUUAUAAAUAUAAUGCUAAAGAAUUAAAAAAAAAUCACAAAACUACAUAAAUGUAAUGAGGGAAACUUAUGAGUAAAAGAAAAUAAAUCUAUAAAU